GUGCCUGCCUGCUUGGUGUGUUGGUGCCGGAAACUUAAUCGUCCCUUCCCGGUGUUAUCGUCGUGUGGUGCGGCCGGAGUAGCAGCGAAAGCAACGAGCAAAAGCGUAGUGGCAGUGGUGGCCGACUGAGAAGUUUUUGGUUUAAAAAAGAACGCGCAAAUCCACGAUCGUUCCUUAAGAUGUCGACCGAAAAGGAAGUGAAUCCUGCGGAGGUAGAGCAGGAGGAACAUGACACCAACUAUCAGCCACCGCCGCAGAAAACGAUCGAGGAAAUAAUGGCUGCCGAUUCGGAGGAUGAAAGCUUGCGGAAGUACAAGGAAGCAUUACUAGGCGAAGCGCAGGCGGAAAAGAUUGUCUUCGAUGAAUCUGAUCCACGUAAGGUGAUCGUGAAAAAGCUUGCACUCCUCGUCGCCGAUCGUGACCCUAUGGAGCUGGAUCUGACUGGGGAUUUAACGAAGCUGAAAAAGAAUGUGUUCGUAAUUAAAGAAGGCAUUCAAUACAAAAUUCGCAUCGAUUUCGUCGUUCAGCGAGAGAUUGUGCACGGGUUGAAAUAUGUCCAGAAAACCUACCGCAUGGGUGUUCCAGUCGAUAAAAUGGUGCAAAUGGUUGGUUCCUAUCCACCAAAGAAGGAAAUCCAGAGCUACACGACCCCGUUCGAGGAAGCCCCGUCCGGUAUGAUGGCCCGUGGUACCUACUCCGUCACCUCCCUGUUCACCGACGACGACAAGAACGAGCAUCUGAAGUGGGAUUGGAGUUUUGAAAUCAAAAAAGACUGGCAGUAAUGUACGAAAUCAUAAUCAUCCCUCUCCACACCGAGUAAAUUGCCCCCCAAAACAAACACACAUAUAUUUGAAAUUAAUGCGAUUGAUACAAGGCAUAUACUGCGUAGAGGAUGUCGAGCAUGUUAGACGAGAGUUGGGGAGAACCAUGAAGGCAAAUAGACGUGCUGAGCAGUGUGAUGUGACUAGCACUCAGGUGUGUAUGGAAUCGAUGAUGGGUCCGUUACUGAGAUUAACUUUAAAGAAAAUGUACGGGAAUAAAAUAGCAGUUUAAUGGGGGAUAAACAAGCAUGUACGGCUCGUAAGAUUGACCAGGCAGUGAACUGAUUUCCUUCAACCCCGCAGUCUGGCUUUCGGGGGGGUGGUGCAUAGCAAUAAGUGAUAUGGGACAACACAAACCAUGCCACGAAAGUAAAAGAACGCUGUUUUAAACCUGCGGCGACUAGGAAUUUAGUGUAAAACAGAAUACACACCAUACAGCCAGCAUAACUGACAGCGAGCAGAAAUAUUAAGCAUGAGAAAUGAGACUAAAAAUGGCUUUCGAGCAACAUACCCAUACGAACAUAAGGCACACAACACAUGAGAAAGAUCGAACAAAUCGUUAUAAAAUCGCAUUUUGCAUACACUUGGUCGCUAUUUUCCAUGCGCCGUGUAUUGAUGGUGUUAUUCUGCAGUAUUUGCCAUGAAAUCAGCAUUCAGUAUAGAGAAGCCCUUCCCACGCCAGUCCUGAGGGGUACAUGUUUAUUCCAGUUGGAUUUUAUUCUUUUCAGCGUUGUAGCGAUAUUCUGGAAAUCCGAUCAUAAACUUGCAGUUUUAUACGUUUAGCUUAUGUUUCUUCGUAGCUUUUCUCGCCGCAUUAUGCAAACCCUUCCAACGGGAAUGUUUGCCUUUCGAUCCAUUUUAAUUCCGCCCGAGAGUCGAUGGCAUUUUAACAAAGUCCCUAGUAUGCACCGCAAAAUAUAAUUCUCCUCGAAAUGUGCAGAGAUUAGCGCUUCAGACGAUCACUUCAUCUGGCCAGCACAGAAAUAAAAAGAGCUAUAUUUCACUAGCCACCACCGGACGUUAAAAGGGUACAGUACAUUGUAUUCAAUAGUGUAAGCGAUAACAGCAAGAACUCUAUACAAUUCUUCAAAAAUUGCGAACGGAUUUCACUAAACAACCCCCCUUUAUCCCUCCCCUCAUUCAAGUACUCCCAUCUUGUGGAUGAUAAAAGGUCUAAAAGAUGAUUGAUUAAGCAUCAUUUCCGUACGUUUAGCGUUGAAACGAGUUCAACAGUGUAACGCAACAUUUGCAUAAAUUUGCCUGUCGCAAGUUAAACAUAAAACCAAAAACACGUCGGAGGUGCUUAACGAUUGAAAAACCCACAAACACCCAACGUAUAGAAAUACACUGUCCUAAAUGUGGAAUGCAAAUCGUACUGUUCGUAUAAGCUACACGAUGUUCUGCGAACAUAGAACCAGGAUAAUGGACUCGAUCCAAAGGAUCCCAUUCGUUUAGGAGUAGUGAGUGGUGUGCAGAUGCGACUGUGUAUUUACGGUAUAAGAAAGCAAUACAUUUUGUGUGUAACGGUGUUGAAGCGAACAAUAAUAAAAUUCACCUAUGAAAUAGUUGCUCCAACUUGUGAACGGUUUGCGGUUUGCGCUAUAAACGACGGAUAUGUAUUUAGCCGAAAUAACUGACGCUGGCUGGAUGGAACGUUGAAAGGCGCUGCGUUUCGGUUAUGCAGCAAAUGGUGCAACCUAAACGAUGUAAGUGUAUAAAUCGCACCUGGAAACUCGCCUGGGUUAGUAUCACAUUGAAUAAAAAUGUCUGAACUGUGUCAUAACAAUCCGCGCUAUAUGAGAAAAAGGCUAAAACUACGAUUGCAUACAGUCAGGUGCUUUCAGCUCAAGACACAAUCCGCUUUAAUCAACUUUCUUGCGAGUCUAUUGAACAAACAAAUCAAUAGAGAAAAAAAUCAGUAAAAUAUGUUUGUUCAAGCAUUCUUCUACCAACUCAUUUAUAAAAGUACAUAAUUACUAGUUGAACCAAACAGAAGUGGAAAGCAAAAGUAUAACAGAAAUAAGUUGAAGCUAUUCUUUGCGAGUGAAAGAAAAAGGAAAUUCCUUGCAAACUGCUACAUAAACCACGAUGUGUGUAUGUGUGUGAUUAUAAAUCCAGCUAUGUAGUAGGAGGAAAUGUAUAAUAAGCGACAAACAGGCGGAAUUCCCUGGGUAUGGUUUACAGCGCCAAUAGAGAUAAUAAUCAAGAUUAAACCGAAAAAAAACCCACUAAACUACGCUCAAUUUGUUCGAUUAUGAAGCAAACACAAACAAACAAACAGAAUUAUAAUAAUAAAAGCAACCCCGGGGCAACAAUGUUUCUGCAUUA